GGAACCUAAUGAAAGAUAUUCAUUAGAGAAUCUUAAACGAUAUGCAAAUACUAAAGUUGGUCAAAUAAUGCUAGAGGCAAAAUUACAUGGCAUUAAAAGCUUCGAAGCUUUUAUUAAAGGGGACAUCGAAAUAGCAAUUCACGAACAGUUUCAAGCAUAUAAGCUCUGUGAGUUGGUUUGCAGCACAAAACCUGUUUAUAUGGAAUAUGGGAAUAUUGAUAUUUUAAAAGAUUUCAUUGCUAACAAUCCGUGUAAUGCAGAAGCAAAAUUUGUCUUAGCAUUUACGUAUUUUAGCUUUGGAAAAUCUCAUGAAGUGGUUUUCAGUUUAAUGGACGAGUGUAUUGCUUUGUCCCCUCUCGAAUCGACAUAUUAUAAAUACCGGGGAUCUAUGAAAUGCUUUGAUAAUAGAUAUGAAGAAGCAAUUGAAGAUUUUGACAUGGUGAUAAAAAUUUGUGGUUCUAUACAAGGAUAUGGAAUCUAUUAUUCACGUGCAGUUGCUAAUAGGUUGCUCGCAGAUAAAAUAUUGCUUUACAUUAUUUCUUCACAAAAAAAUAUAUCCAAUAAUCCUGAACGUCCAUACUACAAACGUUCUUUGUCCGAUUAUGAAACUUUCCUCAAAUUUGCUCCGCCCGAAGAUCGCAAAAUCCCCGAGACGUUUUACGGCAUGGCAUUGUGCUAUACAUCUUUAAAAGAUUUUAAAAAGGCCAAAGAAUGUUACGACUGUGGUCUUGAAGCAGAAAAAAAACGACUGCCAGUUUUCGGUCCAUUUGAUUUCCCUCCUAAAGCAACUUUGGAGGCUGAACUUGGGUUAUUUUCAUUUUUAGAAAACCCAAGCGUUGCAAAUAUAUGUCCAGUGUGUAAGAAAAAAGCAUAUAAAAUUUGUGCCAAAUGCAAAGAUAACAUGGUUCAGCGCGUUAGAAGAAAAGGUGAAUAUGUUGUGUGUAAAACAAAUUCAGAGAGAGGUGUGGGUUGUGUUUGGUCUGACAAUGAGGUUAGCGCAAAAUCAGACCCGGUGAAUUCAGAAGAUAAAAAUGGAACAUCGAAAACGUUGAAUGAUGGAGAUAGUGCGAUCGAUACAGGAUCUGCAAAUUCAUUUGAUAUUAAUAAUGAGGGCUCCGUGGGCUUACUACAAGCGAAUGACAUAGCAGGUUCUUCCAAUGAAAAUCCAGUAAAGGGAAAAGGAUUUGCUAGUGGAAUGUUUUCGGUAAACGAGAGUUGA